AGAGAGAGAUGUCGAGCACCACCACCACCACUCCCUAUGUGGUAGAGGAUUGCCGUGGAGUCCUCCAAUUCUACAGUGACGGCUCAAUAGUCCGCUCUGAUCGUCCAACCCUCAACGUGCCCGUUCAUGACGAUGGCUCUGUGAUUUGGAAAGACGUUACUUUCGACCCAAUUCAUGGUAUCCAACUCCGUCUCUACAAGCCCUCUUCUGCUAUCACAAACACUAAGCUCCCAAUCAUCUACUACAUCCACGGUGGUGGCUUCUGCCUCGUCUAUCGCACUUGGCCCAUUUGUCAAAGCUACUGUCUUAGUCUUGCAUCAGAGCUUCAAGCCAUCAUUGUCUCAAUUGAUUAUCGUCUGGCACCUGAGAAUCGUCUUCCAGAUGCAAUCGAAGAUGGAUUUACGGCCGUUAAAUGGCUCCAAGCUCAGGCUCUUUCCGAUAAUCCUGACACUUGGUUGACUGAUGUUGCCGAUUUCGACCGAGUUUUUAUCGUGGGAGACUCGGCUGGGGCCAACAUCGCUCAUCAUCUUGCGGUUGGACUCGGACCCGGGUCGCCCGAUUUAGCUCCUGUUCGAGUGCGAGGUUAUGUGUUUUUUGGUGUCUACUUAGGCGGAAUAACACGGGUGAGGUCAGAGUUGGAAGGACGGAAGGACUCUUUUUGGAAUUUGGAGAUUUCUGACAGGAUGUGGAGGCUGACAAUACCAGUUGGAGAGACGAGAGAUCAUCCAUUGGUGAACCCGUUUGGACCUGCUAGCCCAAGCCUUGAAACUGUGGCUCUUGACCCUAUCCUGGCAGUAUCUGGUAACUGUGAUAUACUAAAGGACAGGAUUGAAGAUUACGCAAGAAGAUUGAAAGAGUGGGGAAAGAAAAUAGAGUAUGUCGAAUUCGAGGGAGUGGAUCAUGGUUUCCAUUAUGUCAAUCCCGAUUGUGAAGCAUCAAAGAAGUUGAUGGAAGACAUCAAAAGAUUCAUCACUGAAAAUUCUAUCAACUAGAACU